GAUAAAUUCAUGAAAUUGGCAAGCGCUGUCGUUGUGACUUGUAUGCGCACCAAAUUUCUUUUCAAAUUUCAAGAUAAAAAAACCGCUCGCAAGCUACAAUGGCCGAAACGCAGGUGCUGCUGGAGACCUACCAGGGGCAAGGCAACAAUAAUGCCACCAACAUUGAAGCCACAAAGGCAGCAAUAAAAAAAAUGCUGGUACGCAUCGAACGCUUUCAAACGCGCGUACGCAAGCAUAUAGAUGAAAACUAUGUCGAUUUUAUGCCCAAUCACACAUCGCCGGACAUUUUUCUGGAAAAGUCGAGUGCAUUGGGUGACGAGAUUAGCGAUCUGCUUGCCACUGUUGGCAACGAGGGCCUUUCCGUAUUAAGUGAUGCCAGCGUUGAGCUGGCAGCGUUGAGUCGCGAUCUACGCGAGAAAUUGUUCGGUUUGCGUGUUAGCGAGCACAUACUGAAGCUGGACGAUCUGUUCCAGUGCGUCGAGGAAGCCAAGGCGACCAAGGAUUGUUUGGUGGUGCUUGAUCUAAUGGGCAGGCUGCGCAGUCUGAUCUACGGCGAGGGUACAAGCGAUGACAUCUCACCAGAUGUGGAGCGCAUCUUUCAGUCGCUGGAGUGCUACGAGUCCAUCAAGGUGAAGUACCACGUUCAGGCGCACUUGUUGCAACAGAAUCUGCAGGAGCGCUUCGAUCGUCUCGUACAAUUGAGCUGCAAAUCAUUUCCCACAUCCAAGUGUGUGACGCUGUUGAUCAGCAAAGACGAGGCGUUGCUGCAGGACAUUGUGAUUGCGCUCUUCCAGGAGAGCUACAAUCCCACCAAGCUGUGCGCCUUUCUGCUAGAGAACUGCAUCGAGCCGCUAAUCCAGAAGCCUGUCUCUGUCGAGUACAACGUGAAUGCCAAGGAUGGUAGCCACAUACAGUUAACGCUUUCCUACUCCAUCAAAGAGCCGGACACAUCGUCGCUAUUGCGUCCCAACUAUAAGGACGUGUUUGAGCACUUCCGCCUGCUGCUAAAGACGUUGUGCGGCAUCAAUAGCAGUCUGAAUGGCACACAGCAUGUGUUCACCGUUAUUGGCGAUCAUGUCAAGGAGCGCAUGCUGCAGUUACUCCUCGAUGAAUGCCUCAUACCGGCGGUGCCGGAGACUAUGGAUGAGUAUAACAGCUCCACACUAUGCGAAGAUGUUGCCGAAUUCGAGCAUCAGUUAGCCGACACGUUUCUCAUCAAUCCCGAGCUGGACACAACGCUGAGCGAGUUUACCAAGCAAUUCGACACCUACUAUCGCAAUCGACUCUCUGAACGGGUUCUGGCAACCGCACGUGAGAUAAUCCAGCGCGAUCUGCAGGACAUGACGCUGGUGGCCCCCAGCAAUCUGUCGGCUAAUGUGGCCAGUGAUCCGUUGCUAUUUCCACGCUGCAUGGUCUCCAAGAGCGCACAAGAUUUUGUCAAGCUAAUGGAGCGUGUGCUGCGCCAGCCAGAUAAAGCUGCGGAGGGCACACCGGAUCCACUGGGUGGCGUCAUCGGGCUUCUGUUGGACGCGUACAUCAAUGAGGUGCCCAAAGUGCACAAGAAGCUGUUGAAGAGCAUCCCACAGCAAUCGGCUCUAUUUUACAACAAUUGCAUGUACCUAACCCACUGGGUGGCCCAGCAUACUAAAGACAAUAUCGAUGGCUUCCCAUCGCUGGUCAAAAUACUACAAUCGACAGGCAACAAGCAUCUGCGCGUUCAAGUUAGCUAUCAGGAGUCCAUACUCAUGGAUAUCAUGAGUAGCUUUGAGUUUGAGAAUCCGCACACGUUGGGUACGGCACCGUUGAGACUGGUGCGUCAGUGCCUGCGGCAACUGGAGCUGCUGAAGAACGUGUGGCAGCAGGUGCUGCCGGAGAAUGUGUACAAUAACAGUUUUUGUGAGCUGCUCCAAGCCUUUAUCAAUGAGCUGGUGCAGCGCGUUUUCAGUCUGCGCGACAUUUCAGCGACGAUGGCCAGCGAGCUGAGCGAUUUGAUCGAUGUAGUGCUGGAAAAGGCGCCGCUUCUCUUCCACGACAAGAACGAUGUGGUGCAUGUGCGCUCCUGGCUUAAGCUGCAGCAACUCAAGAUCAUGAUGAACGCAUCGCUGAAGGAGUUCAGCGAACUCUGGUGUGACGGUGUCGGCCCGCUGACGGCCAACUAUCAUGCCGGCGAGAUAAAGCAUUUAAUACGUGCGCUCUUCCAGGACACGGAUCGACGCGCCAAGGCCAUAACGCAGAUUGUCUAAAUGCAGCAAUAAAAUUAUUUUACAUUUA